UUGUAAAGACAAUCCUUGCCCAAGCACUUUAUUCGACUGCAUUCCGAGAAAAGACGCGUCUGGCAGACACCGAUGCAGCUGCAAGAGCGGCUACGUCAGGAUCAACAUGCGAGGGACGCUCGCCUUCUGCGAAGAUAUUGACGAAUGUCACAACACCACUAUGAAGAGAUGCAAAGGGGAUCAGGAAUGUUUGAACACACCAGGGAGCUUUGUGUGCAGAGAGCCAGCUGCGAAGCUCAGUGGGGAAAGUAGUACUAUGAAGGACAUAGCCGUUGCCUUCGGGAUUCUGUUUGCUGCGACGCUUCUCAUCGCUAUUGGACUGGGAUAUUUGCUCAUGAAAAAGUCCCAUCGGGUGCGAGAGAUGGUUCCCAUGACAGAGACAAACUCGGGGUUUGAGAACCACGCCUUCCACAAGUAGAAUGUUCAUCCAGGCACCAUAACAUAACUGGGGACCUGAUGAUGUGCGCUGGGAGAACGCUAUAAAAGUGAGUGGUGUCAUAAACUAUACCUUGCAACUUGGCAGCACUUUCAAGCAAACAACUCUUGCGGUCACUCCCAUUGCCCAAGGGGACCAUGCUACCAUCUGUUACGACAGCGCCUCCAGAUGUGGCUGUUUCCUGUAAUAGCUAAAGGCCCUCGAAAUCACCACUACCCGUUGCUGCUUGCAGACAUCUUGAAGGAAACAACUUCAUUGUUGACUCGUGUCAAGGAACACUCAACUCAGCAUUGUAGUUCCCGAUUGCCAAGGUUCCUAGAAAGCCUUUUCAAGGGUC